AUGGAAAUAGAGGGUUUUUAAAGCUACAGGCCAUUUUCUUAAAGUGAUGUAUCAAAUGAAACUUAAUAAUCAGCUAAUAAUGAAUCAGAAACAUAUUAAUUUGACUAAAAUAAAAACGAAUUAGGCUGCUACAAUAGUGCAAACUAUUUUAUUUAAGGAUAAAAAUAAUUAGAUUUUUAUUUAAAUAUGGAAGGACAUCAAAAAGAUUAUUUCUAAAACAAAAACUGCUUAGAAAACUAAAUCUAUGAUAUGAAUUAUAAUCAACCUGAUACAUGUUAGACUUAAAGUCAAAUCAGUGACUAACCAGCUAAUUAGAAGGAUUUAGAAUUUAGCUGUGAUAUAAUUAGUAAUAAAUCUGAAUAAAACAUAACUUAUAACUAUUUAUAACCAUAAGAACUCUAGUGUUGUAAUGAAACAGACUAAGAAAUUUACAGAGACAUUAAAACUAAUAAAAAGGAGAAUGUUUUUGGAUAGGAAAUAAUAGAUAAAUAUUAAAAUUCUUUUUUUUCUAAUCCUCUUUUAGAAUUUUAUUUUAUCAGUGGAAAUAUAUGCGUUAUGAAUUGUGCUUUAAAUAAAGAAUUUACUCAUUUUUCCAAUCUUAAUUCAUGUAAAAUACCUAUCCGGACGAAGGCUUGCUCUACUCUAGGUACUUUAGAAGUUGAUUUAAAUAAUAAGAGAGGUGGAAUUCAGAAUUUUGAGUUCAUAAUCUAAAAAAUGCGCUCAGUUUCAAGUUAAAGGGUUUAUAAAUGUUCUUUAAUGCUUGAAAAGUACCAAAAAUUUGUUAAUAGCUAUUUGUAGAGAUAAGAACUCUUAAAGUAUCAAUAAGUGACAAAUUAAUUUCUAACUAAAAUUGAUUCCAAAUUUGAUUAAUUUGUUUUGAAAACCUAAAAAAUAAUACAAGAAAUAGCUUAAAAUCACCCUUUCUUUUCAUACACCUUAAAUUAAUUUAAUUUGCAAAAUUUUGAGAUGGAAAUGCGCAAAUUCGGUUAUUCAGAAGCCUUUUUAGCUUUAUUAGGCGUUGAUAUGAAAUAAGCAUAGUCAUUAAUAUGGAGGAAAGGUCUAUUUGAUUAUAUGGAUAGAAAAAAUAUAUAAGAAAUGCUAUUCCAAUAUAUCUCUCAUUUAGUAGGUGAUAAUAUAAUUUAGCCUCAUGAUAUAACUUUAUUCACUUUCGAUGGAUAUGAAGUAUAUGCUGUUAAUAAUAUUAGAGUAUUUAUAGAUAGAGAUGCCGAAAAUCCUUUCAUAGGUAUGAAUCAAGCACUUUUUGUCAAUGUUUACGAUAUAAGUCCUAAUAUGAUAAAAUAAAUUAUAAGUAUAAGAUAAAAAAACAAAGAACUAUCACAAGAAAAAAUAAAAUAGCAAGAAGAGGAUUUAUCCUAUUCAAUGGAAGCUAACAUAUUUUUAGAAAAAUACUACAAAGAUUAACAAGAAGACUUUUUAUUGUAAAACAAAAGAGCUGGAUAUAAGCUAAUUAAAUGA